GUUCUCUUUUUCACAAUCAAGGCAGGGAAAUGACAAGGAAGCCGAAAAAGAUGGGAAAGACAGACAUUCAGACAGACACAGUCCACUUGGAUUCUCGGAAUGGCAUUUGCGUAAUUCACUCUCAAUGUACUGCCAUUGGUAGCUUUGUCAUGCGUGAAUAUAGGGAAGCGUGCAGGCUUUUGCAAGAAGUUCUUCUCUUCUCCAGAUAGCAAGUCCAUCCGCACAUAUUAUCUACUAUGUAUUCUGUAUAUUUACUGUAGAAGAAAAGAGUACAGCAACUGUUUCAUCCAAUCAAACACUCCAUUCAUGUUAUUACACGUUACCAGACAAAGGGGCCAUCAUCUUACCCACGACCAAACACGGCCUUACCAUAAUUUCUGUUUAACCUAAAAAAAUUAUUUUCUUUUCAUGUCUGCUUGUAGGAUUUUUUUUUUUGUACAUCCACUUUUUUUUUUUUUUUUUGUUUCUAACUUUUGACUUGUGCCUGUGCCCCCCUCUUUUUUUUUGCCUACAAAAGCAAGCCCAUUAGCAGAUUACACACCACUAAUCCCCAAGCUUUCACAUUUUAACUUGCAUUAGUGAACUCAUCUUGUGAAUAGUAAGUUUCUUCGAAAGAGCUUCUUGCUUUCUACAUUAGGGCUAAAUGUACAGAUCUUUAGCCUUAAAUCCUCUUUUUCCGAAGAUAAAACCUACUUUCUUAUGUGGGUUUUUGAGUUUUAGUUGAAAAACUAAAAGCCAGCAAUCAGAAUCAAAGAUUCUUGGUAGUUCCUUGCUGAAAAUUUCAUUUUUUUCUGUAUUGAGUCAAAAUCAAAUCUUUGUGAGAGCUGGGAGGUAAGAUGAUUCAGUUAUUGUUUUUGGUUCUUUUUGCUGAGGGAGUUGUGGCAUUCCUUCUAUUGGUAAAGAUUGGGCCUCUCAGAGAGCUUGUCAUAAAGAGUUUAGAUCAAUUGAAGGCGGGGAAAGGUCCAGCUACUAUGAAAACUAUUGCUGGUACCAUGUCUGUGAUUCUUUUAUCAAGUCUCAUGAGCAUUGUCAAGAUCCAGAACAAGGGUGCAAAGCUUGGUACUAUGUCACCUAUGGAUCAGGUUCUGUGGAGAACCCACUUGCUUGAGGCUUCACUCAUGGGUUUUUCCCUAUUUCUCGGGUUCGUAAUUGAUCGUAUGCACCAUUAUCUUAGAAAACUUAUUGGGUUGAGGAGUAGUGUGAGAUCUUCAAAAGAGGAAUUGGAACGUCUUCAGAAAGAGAGAAUGCAGCUUAAAGAGAAGGAAGAAAAAGCUUCCAAGGAGAUAAAGCAACUGAAAGAGGAAAUUUCCACUCUAUCAGAGAAUUUGAAGAAGCUGAAAUUGGAAUCUGAAGAAAAAGACAAAAAUAUUGAAACUGCUGAAGCACAUGUUGCUUCCCUCCAAAAACAAUCUGCGGAAUUGCUACUUGAGUAUGAUCGCUUAUUAGAAGAUAACCAAAAUCUUCAGAAUAAAGCUCUAGGAUACAAGAGUUGAGGAAAUUUUGAAGGGCUCAGAGAAAUUUGUGUUCGGGGUACUGAUUGGUGUUUCUUAAGGAGGUAAAAGGGAUAUGUGCAAUGGUGGAAAGUAGCUUUGCCUCUGCACUGUUGAAAAAUUUUGUAAUUCUCUUGAAUCUAGGACUAGAAUUGAUCAGUUUUUCUCAUCCUUUUAUGUUUUGUGUUUCUAAUUCUGCCCGUGCUUAACAAUAGAUCUUUUUAUUACAUCCUUUCUCGCAAAAGAAGGAAAAUUUUGAGCGGCAAGGAAAUAAACAGUAACAAAAAGAAGC